CAUGAUUCGGGGGAAAAAAUCGUUUGUCGUACUAUUAUUUUAUUUCCGGCGUUAUCUAUCGUAUUGCUUGGGUUCGCGAUUUCAGCAGAAAGCAUAGAAGAAAAUGAAGACGCAGUUUUAAAAAGAUUUGAAAUAUUCUCAUGCAAAAUUAGCAAUGGAUUCAUUUCAUUACAAUCAGAGUUACGACCAAUGGAAUUCUCCUUACUCUCCUCAUCAUCCUCCUCCUGCUCCUCUCCUUCUGCCGCUGCUGCCGCCUCCUCGCCAAUCUCAUCCCGAUAGCCCUAAUUUCUAUGUUCCAUCAACUCAUAACGGUGGGCAACGUAAGGAUUACCACCACUACUCUCAUCGCCAAUAUUUUCCACCCAAUCCGACGGUUAAUCAGUCGUCUUCGUACUAUCCUCAGCAUCCGCCACCGUCUCAUCAACAUCAUCCGCUGCCGCUACCGCCGCAACAGCAUUAACCAUACAUCCCUCAGCAAGUUAGCUAUGAGUCACAAAGAGCUUCACAACCUUCAUCUUCAACUAUCCCAUUCACUGAAUCUCGAGAUGUCUCCCAGUCUCCCUGGGCUGGUUACAAGGAUAAACGAGUUGAUUCAUGGACAGACGCUGGUCCGGGGCGAAUGUAUACUAGUGGAAGACGAUUGGAUCCGAGUCCGAGCCAUGACUAUCAGUAUGACUACAGCCGCUCGUCGAGGGAUUCAUCUGGUGUUAGCAUCAACCGUGGUUUAGAUGGUAGUUUUAGGUCUAGAGAUGAGUUUCGUAAUACUGGAUAUGUGAGAAAAGAAUCUAGAAUAGAAGGGAGUUAUCAAGACCGUGGUCAGUUAAAAACAAAGUCUGAUAGGUGCUUUAGGGGUCUAGGUGAAUGUAAUAGGAAUCUAGCUUCACGUGUUGGUUAUGGUACUGAUUUAUAUGGUGUUACAGUGAGUCGUGAUAUGGGUAGGCCUUAUGCAAGUCAUGAAGGGACUAGAAACCAGAGGUGGAAUGAAGGGAAGAUUCUCUAUCCCCGGAAAAAGGAUGACUACUAUCAUUCCGAGACUGAACAAUAUUUUGAUCGUGGAAGGAGAGAAGAGAGCAGCGAACUGAAUCGAACUCCCAGGAAACAAAUGCUGAAGAAGAGUGCUCUGCUUAGGCGUGAAACAACAAGAAACCAUCAGAAGGGUAGAGAGAAUGGUCGGAAUCAUAGUAACUAUAAUGGGAAAAGGUUUAACUCGAACUUGUUUAGGGGUAAAGAACAUUUGGGUCAUUCUGAUCGUGGAUUGGUGGAGAAGCAAAGGGAGAGAACUCCAGUGGAUCUUGAUGUUUCAUUUGAAUUGAAUCUUCCGGUAGCUAAGCCCAUAGCAUCACCUACCGGUGCAGGCAUCCACCCAAGCCGGUCUGUGACACCUCGAUCUUUUAAAGCUAGAAGAGCAUUGGUGCCUGAUAAAAGUGAGAACCCUUCUGUAACUGAAGGAAAUGGAAAGUUGAGAACACAAUUUUCAGAUGAGGCAUCGGUUUCUGAAGGAUCCAGACCAUCUAAAAAGCAAAGUAUUUCAUCUGAAAUUGAAAAGAAACCUGGUAAUCACUCAACUCAGUCUUCCAGUGGUAUGAACAAUGUCAGCUUUGUUGACGGUGUCGUUAAUGAUUGCGAAGUUAAAAUCACUGAUGAAGGUCCUGAAGCUUUAACUCGUGAAGUUAUUAUUACUGUAGAUGCUGCAGAAAAGAACUCUAGUGUUUGUGAGGCUUUGAAAGAGGCCAAGGAUGACUCUGAUGUUGAACAUGAUAGCAAUAUGGGGGUUUGCUCCAUUAUCGAAGAUGUUAUUGAGAGGGGCAAAAGUAUACUGAACUCUCAAGAUGUGCUGAACAGAACUGGUUGUAAUGCUGGCGAAGCUCUUCCGCCGAAAGUCAUGGAGAUGGAAGACAUUGUAAAGGAGAGUACCAAUAGGUCUCCUACUAAAUUACUUUUAUCAGUGUCAACAGCGGCUGAUCUUUCUGAGUAUUCUGAAGCAGUAGUUCGUUUUGCUCGUAAGUCCAUGUAUAGUGUUGAGUCUCAUCAUUGUGAAGAUGUGGCUAUGGAUUGUUCACCAUCAAGGAAUACACCAAUGGAGGAGUUAAAUACAUGAUCCGAAGAAAGGAUAUUUAUUGGCUCAUCAGUUGGAUCUUUAGAUUAUGUGGACAAAGUUUUGGAAAAGUCAUCUCGAGACGCAUCCAUCUAUUUUAAUAAAGAAGACCCUGGCCACCAGGCGACGAAGUUAGAUACAUGUGGUAUUGAAGAUGGCAGCAAUGGGAUCAAUAAGAAUGUAAAUUCAUUGUCUCCUGAAAAUGACUGUUGUAGGGGUCUAAUUUUCUCUGCAUCUCUGGAAAUUCCUAGUGUUUCAAUGGAGCUUGCUAAUGCAAAUAAUAAUAUUUCAGGGGAUCUUGCUAAUGCUCACAGUUUUACCAUUGGUACAUAUCCCAGUACCAUAGUCGACUCACCUGAUAUGAAUGAAAGUAAAAAUUUUACUCAUUGUGAAGACACGGCCAACCCAUCAGUUGAGAAUGGUAGCAUAAAAGAAUCCAUGGAAACUAAACCUCUCAGAAGUGUUGCAGAAAUGGCUGAUAAUCUCGAGAGUGAGAGUGAUGAAGGUAUACAGACCUGUGUAAAAGGUACUUCUUCAUCUCAUUCAAAGGUUGAUGUGAAGGGAUCAUUGGUUGUGUUGCCUGUUGAGAGAACUGAUGGCUAUUCACGUAGUUAUGAAUCAGAUUUAGAUAUUGCAGUACCAUCUGAGGAGGGUAUGGAAAGUUUAAGUGCGGAGAGACUUGCGCCUGUUGAUAAUCUCGAGAGUGAGAGUGAUGAAGGUAUACAGGCCUGUGUAAAAGGUACUUCUUCAUCUCAUUCAAAGGUUGAUGUGAAGGGAUCAUUGGUUGUGUUGCCUGUUGAGAGAACUGAUGGCUAUUCACGUAGUUAUGAAUCAGAUUUAGAUAUUGCAGUACCAUCUGAAGAGGGUAUGGAAAGUUUAAGUGCGGAGAGACUUGCGCCUGUUGAAGACCUGGGUUUAACAUCUAAUCAACCUUCCGAAAUUCCUUCCGUAGAUAAGUUAAGUGGUUCAAAUAAUAGAAACUUGAAAACUUGUUUACCAGAGCCAAAUGUUUCUCUAAACAAAGAUAUUACUUAUGGUUCAAGCGAGGGGCUUGUUCAGCGAGACGUUAGCCAAAAUGCUUACUUUUGUGGUAAUUUACCUAGCUCGCCUGCAUUGGUAAUUGAAACAAACCCUGCAGUUGGAAUUAAUGGCAUGUUUGCUAAUGAAACUGUUACUAAAGCCGACUCUGGUCCCCACGAAAGGCAACCCUGUUCGCCUGUAGGCAAGUUCUUGCCUGAAGAUCAAGGUGGAUGUAGAUCAUCUGGUGCAUUUGGUUCUGUCUGGAAUUUCGCUGUGAAGAAAAAUCUGGAGGUGGAUCUUUCAAGGGUUAGUGCUUGCUUAGUAUCUGAUAAUUCUGUUAGUCCAUGCCAUUUUUCUUUCUUGAUGGCAAUGAAUGAGCAGAUGCAAAACAAAACAUAUGUUCAAACUAACUAAAGUGAAUCUCAAAUUGGUAUCAAGCAUGAGAAAAAUAAUUGUGCUGAGAAUGUUGCUAUAGAUAUUCAAGAAGAGAAAACAAACCCGUCCGGUGGAACUUUGAAGUGCAAAACUCUGGGAACUGAUAUUGUUGCUGUUACUGGGGAUUCAGUGUUUUCAUGUAAUUCUUUAUCCAGCUCAUCGGGCAGAGCUUCGGGCAUACUGAGUGAAACGCACGUUGCUGCUAAAGUUGAUGAAACUUACAACGUUAAACAAAAAUCCAAGCAUUAUGGUGGUACCAAUGAGUACAGAACUCAAGGAGCUGAUAUUGUUGCUUUUUGUGGGGAUUAAGUUCCAUUUGAUUCUCUAUCCAACUCUCCAAAUCUGUACAGACCGAUACAGAGUGAAACUCAUGUUGCUUCUAUGGUUGAUGACUCUAACAACUAUAAUGAGAAAGCAAAGCCAUCCGGUGGAACCACUAAGUACAGAACUCUGGAAAUUGAUGUAAAUUCUGAUGUUGGCGGUCUAGAGAAAUACUCACGGAACAUUAUUAAGAAUGAUAUAUUUGAUGGUGAAGCAUUGUCAGCUGAUGGGAAAGUUGUUGGAACUGAAAUUCUUGGUAAUUCAGGAGUUCAUCUGUCAUCACGUGCAGAUGUUAAAUUUGCAUUGACACAUGUUAACGAUCAUGUAAAAUAUGUGCCAGAUCGGAAUCCCCAAAAUAAGACAUCUUUGAGCUCUAGGUAUGAAUUAGAAAAGAAGAAAAAUAAUUCCAGUUACUUUACUCAGAAAAGUUAUCCCCUCCUGCCUUUGGUGUCUGACACUAAGAAAAAUGCUAACCCUCCCAAUAAGCAUCACAAUUGGCAUCGAAAGCCUAGUCAUGCUGCCUCUUCUUUUGUUACGCCUUUGUCGUCUACUUUUUCUACAGAACAGAAUUUCCCCAUAGUGACUGUCCAAUCUUGUAAUAGUUAUGUACGUAAAGGGAAUAACCUUCUUUGAAAACCCUAUGGUUCUCCUGGUGUUACCCUUGGACUGCCUUUAUCUGCUAUCAACAUGAAUUACUUCACUACUGAAAACAAAAGCACAGGAUCUGCCAGUAAGGUUGCUGUAGGUGACGAUUCUUUUCUUGUUAAAGCAGGAGAAAUACCCACUCUUGAGAAGCAGUCAAAGCCUCCCUCUGACAGCAGCACCUCCAAAGUAUCAAAUGCCAUUGAUGCUCCUUCAGGAAAAUGUGCAUUAUCUUACAGCAUGGAUCACCCCACCACUGGUUUACCUGAGUCUAUCAUGGAUUCUGCUACAUCUGGAGAAGCUAGUGUUCCGCACUCUGGUGGAGAUACAUCUAAGACAUCUGACAUACCAAUUCAGACAGAUUAUGCUUCAAAUUGCCAGCAGAAGAAAAUUCCUCCUAACUUGGAUUCUUCAGAUUUGAAGAGAACCGUAUAUGUCAAGAGGAAGGCAAAUCAGUUGGUUGCAGCUUCAGAUAUUCAUAGUAAAAGUAGGAGCCAGUUUUCUACCUCUGAUGGCUACUUCAAGCGAAAUAAAAAUCAGCUAGUUAGGACUUCCGAGAGUCGUGUCAAUCACUCACCUGAUGAUGCAUUAGAUUCACGAGCAUCUGCAACCAUGGUGUCGGAAAGAUCAUCUAGCUCAGCAUUCUCCGACGCUGCUGUCACGAGACCAUAUAAGCGGUCAAAAUUUUCUCUGGUUUGGACGCAAAAUGAUCAACAAUCAGACUUGCCCUCAAGUCACAUGCGCUAUCGGAGGAUCUUGCCACAACUUGUUCCUUGGAAAAGAGUGACAUACUGGAGACGAUUAAUGAAUUCAGUCUCCGCUUUGCGAAAUGGUUCUUUCUCCAAUAUCAGCCAAAAGUUGUCAACGAUGAGGAAGAGACAUACUGUAUACACAAGAUCAACUAACGGGUAUUCACUUAGAAAAUCCAAGGUCUUAAGUAUUGGUGGGUCGCAUUUAAAAUGGUCCAAGUCCAUUGAGAGAGACUCGAGAAAAGCUAAUGAGGAAGCCACUUUGGCUGUGGCUGCAUUUUCAAAGAAAGAAAAUGAAAAGCAUUCUGGACAAAGUAGUACUAGGAAGACGAGCAGAAACCAUCUGGCACGGGGGCGCAUUUUCAGGUUUGGUUCUCUGCGCUAUAAAAUGGAUCCUUCAAGGCGAACUCUUCAGAGAAUAUCUGAUGUUGAUUCACCGUGCUCUGGACCUACUGAAAAUGGGAAAGGCGCGAAAAGACCUUUCAUCCCAAAGAGAUUGGUGAUAGGCCAUGAAGAAUAUGUACGUGUGGGAAAUGGUAACCAGCUUGUCAGAGAUCCAAAGAAACGAACCCGUGCGUUGGCUAAUGAGAAGGUCAGAUGGAGCCUGCACAAUGUUCGGUUGCGGUUGGCUAAGAAGAAGAAGAAGUACUGCCAGUUCUUCACAAGAUUCGGGAAAUGCAACAAAGAUGACGGGAAAUGUCCAUAUGUUCACGACCCCUCGAAAAUUGCAGUUUGCACCAAGUUUUUGAAUGGAUUGUGUGCGAAUGAUAAUUGCAAAUUGACUCACAAGGUCAUUCCAGAAAGGAUGCCUGAUUGCUCUUAUUUUCUGCAAGGCCUAUGCAACAAUGAGGCAUGUCCAUAUAGGCAUGUGCAUGUCAACCCGAGUGCUGCUAUAUGUGAUGGGUUUUUAAAGGGAUACUGUUCAGACGGAAACGAGUGUCGGAAGAAGCAUUCAUACACCUGCCCAGAUUUCGAAGCAACUGGAUCAUGCCCUCAAGGAUCGAAAUGCAAGCUCCACCACCCCAAGAGCCAAGGCAAAGGAAGAAAGAGGAAAAGACCAAGCGAACCAUUAGAGAAAAAUGCCCGUGGGCGUUACUUUGGCUCACUUCAGAAACUCUUUUCCGAGUCUGAGCCAAUGGUAGUGGAUAGACAUCCCACUGAGAGUGAAGAUUUUGGAAAAGAAGGCUUCGAGUUUAUAUCCCUAGGGGCUACUGAGGAAGAAGCCGGUGAAAACAAUGAUCAAGCCACCGAGCAAUCUAUCUCCAGCGAGAGUGAAGAACCUGCUUCAAUAUACGAGCUAAUCAAACCAGUAGCUUUGAUGCGGUAAGAAGAAACAGGUAUCAGUUUUUGUUUGGUCGAGUACAAAGGUAAGCUUUCUCUGGUAGAAAGACAAACUACACGGUCUUCUGAUACGUUUGUUUGUAUUCUUUUAGUUAGUUAGCUUUUGUUCUCUUCUAGAUAUACUCUUUACUUCAUACAGAGAAGAAUUGUACAUAUGUUUUGUAAUUGAUCCAAAAAUUUGAAUACAUUUGUUUUUUGGUGGUCU